UGUUGUCGCGGCGCUCGCUCAGUCGCUUCCCGACAGCCCGCCGCUCUGCACGCGCCAUGACCGCGCGCCCCUCGAAACCGCCGCGCGUGUUUAAUAUCAUUACAGUGUGAAUUAUCAAAAUGGAUGUUCUGUAUUUUUGUGUUAUCUUCACCCUCAUCCAAGGGUUAUCAGCAUCGACAUGUCAGUUUCCCGGUGCCCCUGCACACUGCAAGGUGACCUUCUCCGAGGACUCGAUGUCUGAAGGCACCAUAGCCUCGUACGAGUGUGAACGAGGCUUCGAACUCCUGGGACCAGCCAGGAGACUGUGUGGCGCCAAUGGGAAGUGGACGCCUGAUGGCAUUCCUUUUUGUGUCCUCAACGUGGCAGCCGGGAAGGCGCCAAUGCAAGCCUCCACAGAAGACGGGGGAGUUCCUCAGAGAGCCCUCGACGGGAGUACCUCAGCUACAUUCAGCGCUGAGACCUGUACCUUGACGAAGCCGGAGCGCGUACCCUGGUGGUACGUCAAUCUGCUGGAACCUUAUAUGGUGCAACUGGUCAGACUGGACUUCGGGAAACAGUGUUGUGGUACCAACAAAGCAGUAAUCGUCGUCCGAGUAGGAAACAACCGGCCUGACCUCGGUACCAACCCCAUUUGCAACCGAUUCACCGGCUUCAUCGAACAAGGCCAGCCUCUCUUCCUCCCCUGCAACCCUCCAAUGCCUGGGGCCUUUGUCAGCGUCCAUCUAGAAGCUUCUACGCCUUCACAACUGUCUAUUUGCGAAGCAUUCGUGUACACAGACCAAGCAUUGCCCAUAGAAAGGUGUCCACAAUUUAGAGAUCAGCCACCGGGCAGUACCGCUACCUACAAUGGGAAAUGUUACAUAUUCUAUGACCGGCAACCAGCUACGUUCAGAGAUGCUUUGGGCUUCUGUCGGUCGAGAGGAGGGACCCUGGUUGUUGAAAGCAACCCAGCACUGCAAGGAUUCAUCAGCUGGGAACUAUGGAGACGCCAUAGGAGUGACAGCAGCAGCCAAUACUGGAUGGGUGCAGUUCGGGACCCUCAAGAUCCUGCAAACUGGAAGUGGGUGAACGGCAAUGACGUCACAGUAUCCUUCUGGAACGCUCCGGGCGGGGGUGAAGGAUGCGCCCGCUUUGACGGCAGCAAGGGGUGGCUGUGGGCCGACACUGAUUGCCAAGCGAGACUCAACUAUAUCUGCCAGCACCAGCCGAAAGCCUGUGGUCGUCCUGAACAGCCGCCGAACUCCACAAUGGCAGCUGACAGCUUCGAGGUCGGAGCCUCCGUGGAGUACUCCUGUGAUGAUGGCCACCUCCUGGUCGGGCCUACCGUGAGGACCUGUCUCGAUACUGGGUUCUAUGAUGAGUUCCCGCCUGUUUGUAAACGGAUCGAAUGCGGCUUCCCAGCUGAGAUUCCUCACGGCUCGUACCAGCUCAUGAACUCUUCAGUGUCCUACCUGUCACAUGUCCAGUACUCCUGCGAGGCUGGCUACGAGAUGGUGGGCAGGUCUCGACUGGUCUGCGAUAUCGACGAGAGGUGGAACGGACCACCGCCUAGAUGUGACGUGGUGCAGUGUGAAGACCCGCCACCGGUGCUGAACGGGCGCGUCGCCCUGAGUCACAACGCCUCCGUGUUCGGUUCCCUGGCAGAGUACUCUUGUACUAAAGGAUUCAAGCUGCUCGGACCAAAGAGGAUUGCUUGCCUAGCCAGUGGUCUAUGGGAUAAACCAGCUCCCAUCUGUCAACCCGAAGAACGACCUACAACAACCACGCAACCUACAACCACCAGCCCAGCAGCAACCACGACUGCUUCCACACCAACCAGCCCCCGCCUCGUCUUACCAACGAGGCCGAGAACAUCUCCUCGGCCCCUCUCCUCACCUACACCCUUCGCGACCGUGACUGCCGAACCUCCAAGGAGACUGCGACCAAAGACCACGACGGAACGAGUGACUACCAGGAGUUACGAACGUCCUCCAGAGAGGAAGGUGACCGUGCCUGAUAAUCAGGACUCGCCGACCAGUCAUGUGCCGCAUAUUAUUGUGGCCAGCCAUCCGAGAGAGAAUCAGAUCGUCGGUAACGGCAACAAUAUAAGAGCAGAACAGACCCCUCGCGUGAACGUCCCACAACCAGUGGACGGCGAGCGACGGGACCCCGUUGGGGCCCGCCUGAACAUCGGCGCAGUGGUAGCCCUGGGCGCCUUCGGGGCCCUGGUGUUCCUCAUCGCCAUCAUCACGACCAUAGUCAUCCUUGUCCGAAGCAGGAAGCACAACGACGGCAAGCGGUACCGACACCACGUGUCCCCUGACUGCAACACCGUCGGCUCCCUGGACUCCUCGUCCUCCGAGUCCAGGAGUGGCCUCAACCGGUACUACCGCCAGGCCUGGGAGGAACUACACGAGGCUGCUGGAGCGAAGCACGCGCACCGCCGUCACGAUCGCGAAGCCCCGAAAGAUGGCUCGGAACUCGUAGUGUCAGACGUGUACCCUGCUCCCCACGCGAGGGACAAGAGGCGACACCACCAUCAUCAUCAUCAUCGUGAACAAAGGCACCAGGACUGGCACUCCCCCCAUCGCCCCCACCAUAAUCAUAAGCCUAGGUAUUAAGCUGUUAUACGAGUAUGUGUCGACGGAUAUUUUAACCUGAACGUGUGACUGGAUAUGGAUGAUAGAUUUUGAAUUUCAAGCCCUUUUGCAUCGUUGUUCACUUAAUAUUUUUCAUUUAUUAUUUUGCUAUCGUUUGAAGUUAUAUUUUUAGGCCUUGGCCAUACAUUUAAUGAGAUGUAAUGCAAGUUAUAUUUCUAUAAAAAUCAGUUUUAGUUGAUGAAUCAGAACUGUGAUUUGAAUAAUUCCGUCCGUCGACCAUAAUUUCAGGAGUGUAAAAAGAACUUGUAAAUGACAAUGAUAUACCUAUUUAAUUUAUUCCAUUUUCUUUAAAGUUAUCCAUCUUGGCAUUAAAGUGCACUGAUUAUUCAAAUAUUCCGUGUAAAGGAACGGUAGCGUAUAAGCGUACAACUGAACGUGACCUAACAAAAUGUACCAAAUAGCAUUACUUGUAAUUUCUUUUAUAUACUUAAUAUUAUUUAUAUUUGGAUAAUAUUGGGGCAUACAUGACUUCUUGAUGAGUUUUAAAUCUCAUAAAGACAGUUGUUACUGAAGUUGCUCAUAUAUUUAUAUGGUUGGAGGUUGAGCUCCUAGGUUCUAUAUGACAAUUUAUAUUUUUAUAGAUAUUCAUACUCUGUAAUACCUAACUUAUAUUCAGUAUUUUAUGGUAUAACUUUCCUGCUUCGACUAUGAUUACCUUGAUCUUUUCUUAAUAUAAUCAUAAAUAUCGUAUUAUUUCAUAUUUCAAAUUUAUAACGUAGUUCGUAAGCAGUUAUGAAGUUUUGUACAUAAUUAUUUUAGCAAUGUAAGUACAUAAGAUAAGAUUGAAGAUAAUCAUUGUUUCUGCUCUAAUUUUCCCGUCUGUUUUGUAUUAAUGUUUGUUAAUAAAUUAUUUAAGUAGUUAAGAACCUGUGAAAAUGUGUCCGUUAGUAGUUUCGGUAUGAUUCUAAUUUUUAUUGAGAUUAUGACGCGUCUGCUAUGGUGGCUGACAAUACUGGCUGUACAUGAAAGGCUAUGCUCCGAAAUUAAUCUUUCUCUUGUUUCAUCAGUACAAUAUGGUAAACAAAAGCUACAGUUAAAUAUGGCGCCGAUUUUCAUCACGCACAGACCAGUAGCUACUGAGAUUAAUUUCAUAGCACAACUAUACUGUCAUGGCUUUUUAAUUCUUAAAUUGCAAAUUAAAAAGUUUAUGCUGACUGAAAGUGACAAAUUCUAUGUUAAUGACUGAUAAUUCACGGUUGGCAACACCGCGCUCUUUUUACCUGAAAUUAGACAAAUAGUCUACAGUACCUAACAAAUUACAACGAUUUUUCAAUACAGAUCAUGGCUCUCUCCUAAAAUUUCUCCAUUACAAAAUCUACUAUGUAUGGUACAAAGUAAUUUAAAAUAUACGACAGUUCUAAAAUAUCAGUACAAGUCGAUAUCGACGGGUGCUUUAUUAAAAAUGGAAAAAAGUAAUCUAAUGUGCCAUCGCAAAGGCAGACAGAACGUAGGGAGUUCACAGUUUGGUUAUUAUUUUAAUUUAUUAUAAACUUAGGUAUUAAUAAACUAGUUUUUAUUUAUGUAAAUAUUAUAUACCUAACAAAAACAUUGACAAAGUAUUUUGCUCAAUACUACGAAUUAAAAAUUAUUAUUAAACAGACUGAUUGUAAAACGAGAAACAUCGACAAACGAAUUCCUUAUUAUUUGUUCCGAAAGUAAAUUAUUUUAUAAGAAUAUAUUAGCAUUGUAUAGCGUCACUAUUGAAUGUCAAAUUUUUAUCGAUACUUAAUAAUUCCGAAUCAUGCUAGUAUUAAACUUUGUGAUAAUU